ACUCUUUUACCGCGUUUCUUAUUUUUUUAUUUUUUUUAAAUAAUGUCAACACGACUCGACAUCAAGUGGCAAGGAAAGAAGUUUCCUAUUGAAUUCUCUGAUACAAAAGAACUAGAAAACACACUUGUAAAAGAAUUAAAGCAAUAUUGUCAGCGUAUUACAGGUAUUAGCCCUAACCAAAUGAAAUUAAAUGCUUUUGGAGCCUUGAUGAACAAUGAUGAAUUGCCAAUCAGUGUCUAUGGUCUUCGUCCUGGUUGUUUCGUGACACUCAAAUCGCUACCUAAACCAAAAGCUAAACCAACAUCUCAACCUAUUGAGAAAAACGAACAAGUCUUGCUAGACCAAAUAAAAGCAACACAAACCAAGAUUGACACUGAUCUGGCUACUGAAGUCAAGACGUAUGAAAAAGAAGUCAAGGCAUUCAUGGCACAAACAGACAAAGAAGCAAAGAAGAAACAUGUCUAUAAAGGUGCUUAUCUCAACGAACAAUUAAUGCAUGUCUUGUUUGAUUUAGAUGGACUGAUCUGUGGCCCUGACUAUACCACGGCAAGACAAGCAAGAAAAGAAGCUGUCAAACACGCACAGGCCUUGUUAGAUAAAGUAGAUGAUAUCAAAUCCAUGUUGUAUCGAUAAAAACAAU